AAAUUUAUCUGAUUUAAAGAUCUAAGGUUUUCGUAUAAAAUAACGAUAACACCUUCCUUUGCUGUCAUUGUAAAAUAUCCACAAUGUUCUGCAAACUUAUUCUGGGCUUGGUUCUGCUGGGAGCUGCAAGCUACGCUGAGGAAUUCGAGAACGAUAUACCCGAGAAAUGCAAGACCAUGUCCGUCACCCCCGUAAGCUGUCCGUUCCCGUCCAGUGACGGCUUGCACCCGCACCCGGACGCCUGCGACCUGUUCUACUACUGCCCGCCGGGCCACGUGGCGCCCAUCUGCCGGCAGUGUCCGGCCGGGCUGCACUUCCACCCGGACACGCAUGUCUGCGACCACGCGGACCGAUCCGGGUGCCGUAAAUAGUUUCCCAAACUGAUACUGGAUACUGAUACCAAAGAGAAUUGAUUGUAAUAGAGAGGUAAAGCCUAAGAAAAAAAACGUGUUUGACAUCUAAAACAGAUGGCGCUGUACUUCGCCAUAUGUUUUGCGGUUACUGAAUUGUCAAACGUCAACUUUUGACAAUUUGAGUUAUUACCGCAAUGUAUGGAGCUGUACAGCGCCAUUCGUUUACCUGUCAAGUUCGAAGCCCGAAAUAGUAUUAGAUUUUACACAUCUUGCUCAAUCAAUGUAUCUUUACUGAUACCUAUUGAAGAUAUUUAGAGAUGUAAUAAAUUCAUAUUACAGCAUUAUUCGAAAUGAUAAA